GCUCAACUGCGUUCAUUUUGUUGAAGCAUCCGAUAUGACGACGACCAACAGCGGCACACGGACGGCCUUUGUCACCGGCGCGACGGGCUUCCUCGGGCGGCACCUCGUCGAGUCGCUCCAGAGCAAUGGCUGGCGUAUCGUUGCCAUGCACCGACCGGGCUCCAACGUCAAAGCUCUUUUGGAUCUCGGCGUCCAGUGCGUUGUCGCCGACCUGCAAGACCCUGCUUCGAUCAUUGCAGCAAUGCCCAACGAAGUCGACGCCGUCUUCCACGUCGCUGCCAACACGACGCUGUGGCGUGCCCGGCACGCCGAGCAGUGGCGCGACAACGUCCUCGGCACCAAGGCCAUGUGCGAAGCCGCCGUGACGCAGCAUGCCAAGCGGUUUGUGUUUGUGAGCUCUGUCGCCGCGUACGGCUACCGCGGCGAUACGAUCAACGAAGCGACACCCCAGGAAGGUAGCAUCGCGCCGAUCAACUACUCGCGGUCCAAGGCCGCGGCCGAAGUCGAGGUGCGGGCGGCCAUCGCGAAAGGGCUCGCCGCCGUCAUCAUCAACCCGGCGCAUAUCCUCGGGGCGCAUGACCAGAGCAACUGGGCGCGCAUCUUCAAGAUGGUGGCGCGCAAUGAGCUGACGGGCAUUCCGCCCGGCUCGGGCUCCUUCUGCUACGCGCCAUACGUGGCCGACGCGAUCGUGGCGGCGGCCGAGAAUGGCCAAGUCGGCCACAACUUCCUUCUCAAAGGUCCCGAUGCGUCAUUUCUGGAGCUGAUUCAGGAAGCCGCGAAGCAACUGGGUAAGGUCGAGACGCGUCAGCAGCUCCCAGCGUUUGUGCUGCGUCUCGUGGGCCGCGUGAACGAAGCAUUUGCAUAUUUUACAGGGCGGGAGCCCGACGUUACGUACGAAGGCGCGCUCUUGGUGUGCUUGCACGCGCACAUUGAGACGACCAAAGCGCGAGACGAGCUCGGGUACAAGCAAAUGCCGUUGGCCGAGAGCGUCGCCAGGACCAUUGCGUGGCUGCGUGAGACUAACCAGUGCUAAGGCACGUUGUGUUUUUAUACCGA